CGCUCGCCUGUCGCCGGCGGCGAGGCAAUAUGGCCUCGCGCGCUGCCGGACCGUUGUGGGCCUCCCCGCCGGGGGGACCGGGGAGCUUCGCUCCGUCGUCUGCCGGGUCGGUUUGCUCGGCCACGCUCGCGCUGCCCGGUGUGCCCCGUCUGCUGUGCUGCGGCGGGCUCGGCUGCCUCACUGAAAUGGCACGGAGGGCAAGACUGUCGGGAAUUCUGUGCAGCAUGUUUUCUGGGUGGAACUUGGUGGCCCAUGGCUUAUAUCUGUUCUUGAAUGUUUGUUUUCUUGAAGUUUCAGGUGGACUUGUGCAGUCAUGUGGCCACAUCAUCCCAGAGUCUCCUGUCUUGGCCCUUGGUUCCAAUUUCACAGCAUUAUGCAUUCUGAAUGAGAGUUGUCUUGACUUUGGCAAUAUAUAUGCUAAUCAAAUUAUCUGGAAAAUUAAAAAUAGACUGGUACCUAAAGAACAAUACCAUGAAAUAAACAGAACUGUUUCCAGUGUCACAUUCAAUGACACUUCUUUACUUGCUACUCCUCUGACAUGCAACAUUCUAGCAGAUGGACAGAUUGAGCAGAAUAUUUAUGGAAUUACAGUUACAUUAGGCUUGCCGCCAGAGAAGCCAAAGAACUUAAGUUGCAUUGUGCAUCAGGUGUCAAAACUUACAUAUCCUAUGACUUGUACCUGGAACCCUGGAAGGCAUACAUUCCUGGACACUCAGUUUAGGUUGAAAUACAGGUGGCCACGGGAAGAUUUUCCUGACUGCAUACCAAAAGAUGUGAAUAAUUCUUGUACCAUUACUGAUGUUCAGUUCUUUGUUAACCUGGAGGUCUGGGUAGAAGCUGCAAAUGCUCUUGGCAAGGCUGAAUCAGAUCGUCUUGUUUUUGAUCCCAUUGAGAUAGUGAAACCACUGUCUCCGCAUAACUUAUCUGUCAACUCAGGAAUAUUGCCUACUGUUCUGAAACUGUCCUGGGAGAACCGGAUUUCAGCAGCUGUGAUGAAACUGAAAUUCAAUAUUCGCUAUAGGAUCAUUGGUGAAACAAAUUGGAUGCAGGUCCCUCCUGAAGAUACAGCCUCACCAAGAACUUCAUUCAGUGUUCAAGGUCUCAGGCCCUACACAGAGUAUGUAUUUUCAAUUCGUUGUAUGAAGGAAGAUGGAGUGGGCUACUGGAGUAACUGGAGUGAAGAAAAGAAUGGGGUGACAACUGAAGAUAAGCCAUCUAAAGGGCCACCUAUAUGGAGAAUCAUUGAUGCUUCUCACUCACCAGCUUUCUGGACUGUGCAUCUGAUGUGGAAGGCAUUGGAGCCAUUUGAAACCAAUGGAAUAAUCUUGCGGUAUGAGGUGACUGUCAGAGCUAAAUCACCUCUCAUCCGUCCACCAGAGAAAUACAACGUUAAUACGACCAGCCUUACCUUAAAGCUGCCAAACGGAACUUACGAAGUGACUGUGAUUGCCCAUAACAAAGCUGGGGCAUCCCCUUCAUCAGUUUUACUUAUCCCAGCAAGGAAUUCAAAAGCUCCUGUGAAGAAUAUUAGAACACUUCCUAAAGAUGGCAAGUUGUGGGUAGGGUGGACUGCUCCAAAUAGUUACGUUCUCAAAUACGUGAUUGAAUGGUGUCUGGUGUCAGACAGCUCUGACUGUGUCACAGAAUGGCAGAAUGAACCAGGGAAUGUUCAAGGAACAUACUUAAAAGGUGAUAUAAAGCCAUUCAAGUGUUACUUGAUAACUGUGUACCCUCUAUAUGCUGAUGGUCAGGGAAGUGGACAGUCUGUGAAGGCUUACCUUCAGCAGGAUCGUCCUUCAAAAGGACCAACUGUUCAGACGAAAAAAGUAGGAAAAGCUGAAGCUGUUUUGACAUGGAACCAUCUCACAGUGGAUGAGCAAAACGGGUUUAUCAGGAGUUACACAAUAUUUUAUAAAACUGUUGAUGGAAAUGAAACAGCUGUGACAGUGGAUCCUUCCAAGACAGAAUAUACCCUUUCUUCUCUAGCCAGUGACACAUUGUAUACCGUGCGGAUGAUGGCAUACACAGAUGAAGGAGGCCGGAGUGGUCCUGAUUUUACAUUUACGACACAAAAAUUUGGGAAAGGAGAAAUUGAAGCCAUAGUUGUACCUGUGUGCCUAGCAUUCCUGUUGAUUGUACUCCUUGGAGUUUUGUUUUGCUUUAACAAACGUGACUUAAUUAAAAAGCAUAUCUGGCCUAGUGUACCUGAUCCAUCCAAGAGUAAUAUUGCUCAGUGGUCCCCUCAAGUUCCAGCUAAGCAUAACUUUAGUUCCAAAGGUCAGAUGUACCCAGAAGGCAGCUUUACCGAUGUAAGCGUCGUAGAAAUAGAAGCUGAUGACAAGAAGUCUUUUUCAGAACAGGAUUUAAAACCCUUUGACUUGCUUAAAAAGGAAAAAAGUGCUUCAGAAGGGCACAGCAGUGGUAUCGGAGGAUCCUCAUGUAUGUCUUCUCCUAGGCAAAGUGUCUCAGACAGCGACGAAUGUGAAACUACGCAAAACACUUCAAGCACUGUACAGUAUUCUACUGUAGUACUUAAUGGCUACAGAGACCAAACACCUUCUGUACAAGUCUUUUCAAGAUCUGAAUCCACACAGCCACUGCUAGAUUCAGAAGAGAGAUCAGAAGAUCAUGCUGGAGGGAAUGACAGUACGACACAGAGGCAUCAGUAUUUCAAACAAAAUUGUGGUCAGGAUGAAACCAACACAGACAGGCCACGCUUCGAAAGAGCAAAGCAAGUUACUCCUGCUAAUGAGGAGGAUCUUGUUGGAUUUGCACAGCUGCAGAUCUCAGGUCAGAAUUCACAGCCUUUGGGCCUUGGGCUCGAAAAAAAUAUCGAGGAAGCUGCUCUUUCAGGUGUCAUACAGACAAGUACUGAGGGACAAACUGUGAGACCUGAAACAGUGGAAAAAAAUCCAGCAUCAGCUGAUGAAAUGCCAAAAAGUUACCUCCCACAGACUGUGAGACAAGGGGGUUAUAUGCCUCAGUGAGGGAAGAGACUGGCUCUAUUAGGCCUUUAUUAGUGCCUGCUCACACUUUCUCCUGUGUCUCUGAUAGAUUAAGCUAAAUAUUUUUUAUCUGAAUGCAGAUAAAAAUAUUGAAGUUAAGUGAAGAAUAAUUCGACGAAGUAUGCAAGGACUGUGUUUCUGUGGAAAAUUUACAGUCCAGACCUACUGGAGACUUACUUUAUGCACUACAUAAAAUCUUGUUUGUCUGAAUAGCUGAACAGGCCUUUGUGCUACCUUGCUUGUUUGUGUCUUGUUGUAUCAGAUUUACACAUGAUUAAAAAUAAGCAAGUUUCAAUUAAUCACAUCAGCCAACAGACCUCCUAGAAGAAAUACUUUAAGAUUUGUGACAGUGUAAAAAGCCAGCUUUUAUUUUUGGAGCAUCUUCAUGUAAACAGAAGACUUGAGGUUUAGUAUUCUAAUGCAGGAAAAAUACUGAAAUUGUACAUUUUUCAGUAGCUUGAUUGACUUUCUGAAUUCUGAUUUGGCCUAGUGUCAUAAUUCCUAAAUUAUGCAAAUUGUGUUCAUACCCAUUUAAAAACUGAAUAGAAAAUGUGGUGGUGUGCAGAUAGAAAAAAAUGCCAUGGUUGCUUGACUCUGAAUGCUACUGUGGUAAUCAGUAUUCUCCUUACAUAAAAAUUUAUGUGCACAUAAACUAUAACUUGGCUUUAAAAUGUGCCUUGCAACUUGUUGCACAGCAGUUCAGUCUUCAUAUUUGUUUUCAUCUGGAUUUUUAACAUUCAAACAGGUUGGGGGGGUUUUCUGGUUUUUUUGUUUGUUUGUUUUGUUAAGGAUUUGUACCCAAAUCAUUGUCUAAUUAUACCACAUCUCUUUGGUCACAUAAAUUGCCGUUAUUUAAUAAUUACACCUUUGCCAUAUACAGCCUGAAGUAAAUAAUGAGCUGUAACUUUUUAAUAUUUUUCUAACAACGCUUAGGAGAAAGGGAAUAUGAUCUCCUUCCUUAAUGAUUGCAGAAAUUAGUAUGCUGUAACUUCACUGCUAACACUGAAGGAGCUCCUUGAAAUUGAAAGUAGCAAAAACCAAAGCACUGAUUACAUUGAUGCUAUGGGUGGGGGGAGUGACUCUGUACUCUCAACUUUAAAGUUAAUGAGAACUGGCAGUGUGUAUCUAUUUUUUUUUUUUUGGUCUCCCUUCCUUCCUUUUCAUACAGUUUGCAUCUUAUUCAAGAAAAUAUAUUUCUUGAAGAUGAUCUCUACCAGGGUUUAAGGAAACAGCUAGCUCUUAAAAAAAAAAAAAUUAAACAUCUUCCCUGAUGAUGAAGUUUUAUGGUACUCCUGUAGAUUAAUUUAAUUUAGUCUAGUCAGCUUUCUAAUCUGACAUUGUAGAAGUCUUAAUUCAAAACACUAUGUGCUGUGUUGUGAGAAUACAAGGAUUUUGUUUCUCCUUCAGCAGAAGAUCUAGGUAUUUAAGACUUCCUGAAACUUUUUGUGCUGUGAGCUGUGGUGCUGCUGUUCUAAACACACUUGCUGGAAGGCCCUGGAAAGACAGGUGUCAGUAUAAUUUUAACUUCCCUUGUUCCUUUUGUGCCAGCUUGCAUUGAAGGAUUGAUGUAAAUAUAAAAGUUCAUGUGUUUUCUGCUGUUGCUACAAAGAAACUAGAUGCUAGAGUAAAUUUAUAAGAUUAUCCCUUGAAGUUGCUGCUAUUCAAAAUAGAUAUAGAAAGCUAAAUCUUUAAUAAUUGUCAUUUUAUUCAGUAUUUUGCAAUUCCUUUCUCCUAGCAGCACAUUCAUUAACAGCUUUAAUUUUAGUAUCUGGGCACUUUUUUUUUUUUUCUUUUUUUUUCUUUUUUUUUCUUUUUUUUCUUUUUAACUAAAAUGCUUAAUGUAACUACAUCUUCAGAACAUUCUUUGAGUAUGUCAGUCCACCUCCUUUUCUCCCCAUUCCACCUCAGCACCUUUCACCUCUCCCCCAGAAGGUAAGGACUGUAAUAUAAAUUACACUGUCAGUAGUGCCCUGGAGAAAGUGCCUUUGGUUUUUGAGAAGUCCAAGGAGCAUCCUUUCGAGGCCUUUUGGUUUUUGAGAAGUCCAAGGAGCAUCCUUUCGUCAGAACACAUUUCUCUGAAAAUGGUAGUAGUUAGUUUAUUGGGGAAUGGGUAUGUCUUCUCUAUGCAGGCUUCAUGAUGACUGUAGAAACCACAAGUAAAACACAAAGCCUCAGCUGAGCCAUCUGCAUGCUUAUUAGAACUAUAUGGCAGCCACGCAUUGUCUAGUCGGCUAUCUGUGAAAGUUUGUGGGCCACAGCAAUUUCAGCACAAGUCCUUCUGUUAAACUACCCCUCUGUUAGCCUCUGCUCGCUAACUUCUGUGAGAUUUAUUGCAUUAAAUACCUGGCUGCUUAGUCUGACUAUUGCUUCAGAGACCUAGAUGUCUUCAAAUGCAGGUUGUGGAUACUAACUUUUGAUUGAUAGCAUGUUUUUUUUUGAAGGACUACUUUGGUUAUUCCUAAAGAUGUUGUUUGCCCUUUCUGUUAAAGAAAUGGAAAGCAUUUUGUUCUUAAUUAUUGUUAAUCCUGAAUCAUUUCCUAAAUUAGGUAGUGUGCUAACAGGAGUUAGGCAUGUCACUUCUGAAAUCUUAUAUAGUUCAUUGUGUAUAGAUCAGUGGUAAUAAUUGCAGAGGAUUUUACAAGAAUGUAUCCUUGAGAUAAUUCUAUUAUCUAUGUGAUAGAAUUAUAUUAUCUUUCUUACUAGCUUGUGUGUUUAUCUAGGGCUAAAAUAGUAAAAACUGAGCAGGAAAUACUUGUUGGUGAACAGCUUACAGAUGCCACAACAAACAUAAAUAAUGGGCCUUACAGCUUGUUCAUAAACCUCUGUGCCAAAAUAUUACAUCAUAUAGUGUUUUUUUUUGUUUGGAACAUAGCAAGCUGAUUGUAUCAAACACUUGCACACAGGUUUUAGAGUGUAUGUGAUAUAACGCAUUGUAGCAGUUCCCUGAAAUUGUCUGAACUGGGCCCUGUCUAACAUUAUAAUUAAAGGGAAAGAUUUUUUUUUUUUAACAUAACUAUGGUGCACUUUAAAAAAAUAAAGGCAUUAAAAUAAAACCGCAUGUCAGUAUUGACACUUUCAUGCCCAUCUUGAUUACCUAGAUUGGAAUUUUUCAAAUAGGGGUGGGAGAAUAAGACCUUGCUACUUUAGUGGUAGGGAAGGAUGACUAAUAAGAAUAAAAUUUUUCUCUGUAUUAGCACACUUGGAAUUUCUCAAGUGCAGGCUAGCUAGCUACUUUUCUGUUUGCAAAAAAAAAAAAAAAAAAAAAAUUAUUAUUUCUAUAGUACUGUUGUGAUCUGUUAAAACAUGAGUUUGUUUGGGUUGAUUCUAGUGUUGUGACUUUUGCAGGGGCAGUUAGUUUGGGAAUAUACUCUCCAUCUGUAGUUAGGAUCUUGGGAUUGUUUCAUAUGCGUACUGUAGUAAGUUAAGGUACCUGCUAAGCCUCAAACAGGCAAAACAAAGCACAGCAGAGAAGAAAGCAUUUUUAAACUUAAUUCUGGGCUGUGUUUACCUUGUGGGCAAGCAUGCAUCUAUCUAUGCUAUAGCAGCCUAGCAGAAUACUAUUAUUUAUCAAGACUUGCAAAAAUUUUGGCCCCAUCACUGGGCUCAAGAGCUAGAUGAUCCCUUGGCUUCACUUUUAUUCCUCCUGAGAGAAAGGGAGAGUUUUUAACAGAAGUGUUAUUUCUAGGCUCAAGCAGUGGAAAAGCCACGCUGCCUGGGGUAGGUUUUGCCCUUCUGCUCUGAGUGUAAAUCUUGAGCAUCACCAGAUGGUUAAAACUUAAAUUAGCAUCCCCUGUGUGUGGAAAUCAUCACACAGUAUUACAAACCCUCACACUGAUUUUAACUUCAGGCAUUUAACUUAGUUUAAUUAAUGCCAGGUCUUACAUACAGAAGAACCACAUCAGCUUGUGUUGCUGUAGUACUGACUUCACAGUGGGAGCUGAAACCCCAGAGAUUCUCAACCUAUUAUAGUCAGCUCCACUGGAGGGCAUAAACCUUUUAAAGUCCAAUUUAUUUGUGUUAAAUGGAACUAAAUAUACUAGUUGGUUUUCCACAUGAAACAGCUGUUGUAAUUAACUCCUUUGGACACAUUCCUUUAAAUACAUUAAAAAGUUUUCCUGUUUGAUGAUGCAUCAUAAAACCAUAUUAUUUCCCUUUAAGCUGUUGUCUCAUUUGCUAGUAUAGACACAUAUAUGCAUUUUAACUUCCAAGAGUUGAUAUUAAUGUUAUUUGGAAGCAGUUUAUAACGAAUAGAAGUGUUGCUGUUACAAAACAGCAAAUUUUGAAGUACAGCCAACCACAAAGUCUUCAGUUUAGCUCUCAGGCCAUAGAGCUGCAGUAUGGUGCAGGUAUUAAAUACAUAAGCCUGGAGAAGAAAGGCAGAAUUCAAUAUCUUACCUUUGAUUCACAAAUUCCAAAUCUCUUCCUUAAAAAGUGAAAGGAAAAGUGAAAAAGAGGAAGCUAAUGCAUACUUUUGUUUCUCAUUUCUCCGCAGUACUCAUGCGAGCUGAGCCAUUCCCAAAAAUGAAAGCAGUGCUAACUUAAAUGCACAAAGAUGUGUUUUUAAGACAAGAUUUGAUACAGAUGAAUUUAAAAUUAACAGCUGAGAGCUAAAUCUCAUAGUGAUCAUCAGCUGCCCCUUAGUUUUAGAGCAAGGAGAAGGUAGGCAAUAAAUACCUCACAGAAUGCAGGCCUUAGUCUACAGUUUUGUGACUAUUUGCAAAGACAACCUUGCAAGUGGAUAUAUGCAAUAAAGUCAUUGAUACUUUGCAGAGACACGCUUCUGUAACAGUAGGUGAAAAACAAGUGCGUGGCACAACUGUCAGACUGCUAGAGAGCUUGAUGUCCCUUCUGCUUGGACUAAAAUGUCUUCCAAACACAGCACUGCCUGACUUCUUCACUGGCGAUUGCAAACUCAGUAGAUGAGCAUUCUCUGCAACUUUUGAAACUGAUAACACCUGUUGCUUUUCCUCACAUCAAAACACAUUAAUUGUAGGAUCCAGUCAACUUUUCAGGUUUUUUAGUAUAUCUAACCUCUUCUCCAAGUAAUAUAUAGCCUGACACUUUGAUACAACAGUGGAUGGCCUAGUAACCAAGUGCUUUUAUUUGGGGAGAGGGGUUAAGGCAUUUAUAACCAAGGUUACUGGUCAUCAAAUGUUAGUGAACCAAUAUAUGCAUCUAGGUAAGCAUAAUCAUGGGACAUGGGGACUUGCUAACAAGAAAAGUGCCUUGAUGCUGGAUUGAAUGGCUAGCAAAUGUAAACAUUAGGUCAAAUUUUACUAUGUACUUAAGGUAACUAUGUCUCACUAAGCUACUGGUAAUUUGUAUGCCAGCUGUAAAAGGCUUGCAUACUCCAGCCAGAGGUUAAACUUGUAAACUGCUGCAUAAACUGUCACUAUAUGGAAAAAUGUGUUUUAAUACCAGUACACUAUCUUCAUUCUUUUACAAGCUGCAUGUUUAUUGUCAUGUAAACUCUGCUUUCUACAAUUUACAUUUUACUGUAAUUUUCAAAUGUCUUCCUCUUUGUUACCUAACUGAGCCUGGAUGUUGCAUUUGUCUACUACAUAAUACACAAAACAAAAUUAUGUAUAUA